UCCAGAUAUAAUGGAUCUUAACUACGUGCUGCAAACGCUGCUGAAGAUCCUCAUUUCAACGCCCGGACUAUUAUUAAUUUGUCGGUUAUCGGGAGCCUAUGGCGCCGCUCUCUUAGGCAACGGGUCAUCCAGAAAUUUUACCGAUGUAUCAUCCCCCUACUACGAUUACGAAUUGUCCGAUAGCCAGGAAUUAGAACAAGAUUCUUCAAAAGCCGCUAGAUCAGACUCCGAGGAAAUUCCUGACCCAGAACCUUUAGUUCUACCAGGUUACAAUCUCCCAGAGAACAUUUUCAACCGAGGGAAACCUUUUUACGUAGAAAAAGAUCCGUUAACGGGAAAAAUAGAUUUUACAAAAACAGCCUCUUCUAGAAUGGACGAAGAUUUAUACGAUUACGAAGAGGAACCACCUAGCAGUAAUAUUUACGACAAAUCUAACAUAGACAGAAAAGACGGCAGUUUAAGCGGUCACAGACCCAGCGACGUGAACCAACUGAUACCGAACUUCCAUGAUUUUUUGAAUCUACCUGUAAAAUACAAUUCGGCCAAGUACGUAUACCCCUUGAUCUCCAGCUCAUACGCAAGUACCAAAUAUCAGGGUAGCGCGAACAAAUUCCACAACCACAAAGAUUACCCAUCGAAAUUAACAACUAAAAAACCUCUAGUCAGCCCGACUUACUACACCACUGAAAAGUACUUUAAAGUUACUUAUUCCACCACUACACCAAGUACUACAACGACACAAAAAACUACUACGACAACACAAAAAAGGCCAGAAACUACAAAAAUUGUAAAUUUACUCAAUACAGCAAUGGGAGUAGGAUAUUCUGAAGAUUUCGAUGACUAUUACGAUACCACUACAACUACAACUAAGAAACCUACCACUAAAUUUGUUCCUAGUACUACCGAAAGCCCCAAAAAGAUUUAUAUAACGUCAAGAGCUCCUAGUAGCACCACGAAAAAAGUUAUGAGCCUUUUCGAACAACUAUUUGGCGAUUACGAAGAUAACAUAGCGACUACUAUAACUACGAAAGUUACCAGUACUCCUAAAUACGAAAAAACUGAAAAACCAACAAGUACUACAAGUAGUACUAGCACUAGUACUAAAAACACUGUACAUAAUUCACAUGCGGGACCUUUUUUGACACCUUCACCAGAUUUUAAUUACGAAUACGAAGAUAUUGGCGAUAAUAUAGCCGUAGAAAAUAAACCGGUGGCUAGUACUACUAACAAUGAUUCAAAAAUAGUACCGUUACAUGUUAAUGCAACCACUCAAAGAAUACAGCCAACAAAGAAUGUCGAAAAUAUGCAUAUCAACAAUAACACAGAUUACUAUGAUUAUAUUGACGAUUUAACUACCACAACUACUACUACUACAACUACGACAGUCAGAACUAGUCCUACACCUGUAAUGCGAGUGACAUCUCUGCCACUAGGAGAGAACCAUUUGACCACUUCCGGUUACGAACCGUUUAAAAAUCGCGAACCGAUCAUAGUUGCCACUCAAAAUCUACGCGAAAAAUUGAACAGCGAAAAAGUACCACCCAGGCCGUUCGAAAAACCCGCUAGUUCCAAUAACAUCCACAUAGCGCACGAUCAGAACACCGUUUCGUUCGUGCUAGGCAACCAGCAAAACGUGCUGGGAACCAACGGCGACAACAACAAUCAGUACUACGGUACCGCGAUAAAAGAGAUUCCGUACGAUAGCAAUCCGUUUAGACCGUACUACGGUCACGGUACAGCUACCGAUGAUAACGAAAAGGAAAUCACGCUACAAGGAACUUUAUCGUUUCCGGAAGUCGGUAGUGCCGUUACGAUACAGCCGCAAAAGAACUCUGAAGCUUCGUUAGCCAUCGGGGUGCCGAUUAACGAUGUAAAUAAACAGAUACCCGGACAAGUGAUGGACGAGAAGCUCGAAAUCGAUGAUCCUCAAGCGACUCUUGUCAAAGUGACGGGCGGUAAGGUCGUUUUUCCCGACGACAAGCAGCCCGAGUAUCCGGAUUUGAUGCCUCCGCCGAUGCCGGCUUCGCAGCCUAGCAGGGAAGUGUUGCAGUUGAAUUCCAAGCCCGUCUAUCAUCAAUUGCCUAGUGACUUAACGCCGCCUAGGGAACAGGAGGUUGUUCAUAAAAGGCCUAUUAGACCGCCAUGGGAUCCCAGACCUGGACAUUUUUAUAGCGGUAAUCCCGAGUACAAUCGUCCACCGCGACCGCAUACAGAUGUCGCUUACAAACGUAUCGAUAACCUACCGAACAUUCUGCCGCAAUUCCGGCCGAACAAUAUGCAUAAACAUCCACCCGUGUAUUACGACAAGAGAUUGAACAGACAACCCUUAUUAGACAGGCCGUCGAAUAGACCGAUGAAUUUUUACGAAAAAUUACAUCCUCCCCCGCCACCCCCACCACCGUACGUCGUUCAUAAGAACCUUCAGGCACUGAGGAAGAAUAUUUUACCGCCGAGACAGAGUCUAGAUGAUGGUCCAGGUAAAGGUGCUGAAGACCGAAUUCUAAACGAAGAUCAAACAGGCUUGUAUCAAACGCCACCCCAAGUAAAAAUUGCCAACAGACGAAGCGACGCCGACGUCAUGGAAGUGGAGACGUUACAAAUGAUCCAAGCGAAAAGUUCGGAGAAGAAAAAUACGCCUACCAAAGAUGGCGGCAGUGCCAUGGUAACGCAAGUGAUGAAUGUACAGGCCAACGAAGAUGAUAGCCAUAAGGAUAUUAAUAUUGGUGAUAAAACGAUUUAUAAGGUGUAUCCGGUGAAUUCGGCACCGAUCAAACUCGAUGUUAUCGAUGACAGUAAUAAAAAGGAAACUGUUGUUAUAGGUACGAGAUCAGAACGGCCCCUUCCUCCAUCGAAAAUCAACCAGAAUUUCGAUCUUUUGUUCGACACGAAAGACAGAAACGACGAUCCCAUAUUAAAACCCCACAAACCUCCCACCUUCCCUAUCAAAUCGGAUUUUCCGUACCCCCUGGAACGACCAGGGGCGGAUCCGAGCAUCAACCUUCCCUCAGUACCCGACACCCCAUCCAAAACUGGAAACGACUUGGAUGAGCCCGAUUAUUUUUUGAGCAAUCAGUGGAACACCAUCGGAGAUAAUUACGAAUCUAGGAUAGUCAAUGGAAACGGAAAUAAAAUAGCGGGUCUGAAUAACCAAAUCUCAGUAACCCUUCGAACUAACUCGGACAAACCGAUAGCAGUGGCGUACACUCCGACGGAACCGAACCUCAACGCCGAUAAAUAUUCGAUGCCCAAUUACGGCAGUCCCGUCAUCCCGGAAAUCCGGCCCAGCGAUGGGAAUAAGGUGUUCACCGUCAGCGCCGUCAUGCACACUCAUCAGCAGAACCAGAACGCGAUGGUGGGCAGCGUGGAGAACGUGCACCGACUGGAUCUGGGCUCGAAUCAUCGAAAUGAUGUAGACGUCGUGCCGGAUUAUCCCAAAUUGGAUUUUGAAGCGCCGUUUCAGGCUAGCCUCAACAUCGAAAACACCAGGAGCCAGGGAUGGUCCGUGGUUAAAACCACCAAGAACAGCACAACGACGGAAUCACCGGACGUGACGACGAUGCCGUAUGCCACUACCAGCGAAUUCGACAUAGAAAAUUUCAAACCGCAGCUCGAGGGCGGUUUCAAACCGAUUUUCAACUUUCCCGAUGACGACAAGAAAUUCAUCGAAACGAAGAUCAACGACAGAGAAGAAUAACUGACUGAUUUAUAAUGUUCUGUGUUCUGUCGUGUUUAGUGAAAUGACUGAUAAUAAUUGUUUACGGAAAAUAAUUCGUGGAGAAUUAGAUAUUCCAAACAAAAUGGCUGUCCGUGGAUAAUAACAGCUUAUGACAUGGCAACACUGUGGGCCUGGUGAUUUGACAGGGUCAAUGUAGUUAGUUAUGUAGAUUGAUCAUCCAUGUUUUCUCAAAAUAAACAUAAGUUUAUAACUUAAAGUAAAAAUACAGAUAAUUCUUUUUUACUAUAUUCAAAGCUGAAAAUUAAUUUUUGUUAAAUCGAUUCUGAUUCAUGAGCACUUGUAAAAAAUACGAUCCGCUUUGAGCAGUCUAUAUAAGUAUCAUUGAUCCUGUCAAAGACAACAGGCCCACAGGGUUGCCAUAUCGUAACCUGUCAUUAUUCACGGGCAGCAUUUUGACAGGUCGUUGAAAUGCCUAUUGAUAGAUAGUGUAUGACGUAAUCUGUCAUGUAUAUAUUUUUAUAGUAGCGAUAUUUAUUAACGAUAUUUCUAUUUUGAAUUGAUUUAAUUUGAUACCGUUACUGUCAAAAUUUUCAUUAUAUAUUGACUCUAAUGCAUGGCGAUACUACAAAAUCGGUACUUACUAGCGAUUUAUGAUCCAAAAAACAUGAAAAUCCACAUUUCUGUCACAACACUGUUUUUUGACAACUUCAAAUCGAAUGGAGGUUGUUAGGAACUUUGACAAUCGUGUAAAAAUUGAUCAGAGCCACAAAACAUAUAUAUUUUUUUAUUUUUCUGACUUAGAACUCGGAAAAAACGAUUUUUCAUACUUAGAGCUCGGAAAAAUCGAUUACUUAGGUUUAGAUCUGGGAUAAAUCGAUUUUUCUGACUUACAACUCGGCAAAAUAGAUUCUACGCCGUAAUAAUCUAUUUUUCCGAGUUCUAAAGUCGGAAUAAUCUAUUUUCGGAGUUCUCAGUCGGAGUAAUCUAUUCUUCCGAGUUCUUAGUCAAAAAAAUCUAUUUUUCUCAGUUCUAAAUCGGAAUAAUCAAUUUUUUGAGUUCUAAUUCGGAAUAAUCUAUCUUUCUGAGAUAUA